AUGUCAUUCGGUGAAAUUGAUAAACUAGCUGUCUCCACCGCCAGACUGCUGAGUGUGGACCAGGUAUGCAAGGCCAAUUCCGGCCAUCCAGGUGCCCCACUGGGGUUGGCGCCCGCUGCUCACGUUCUCUUCUCGCAGAUGAAGAUGAACCCUAAGAACCCAAACUGGGUCAACAGAGACAGGUUUGUCCUAUCGAACGGUCACGCCUGUGCCCUGCUGUACUCCAUGUUGCACUUGACCGGGUACGAUUUCUCCAUUGAGGAUUUGAAGAACUUCAGACAGUUGGACUCCAGGACCCCAGGCCAUCCAGAACGUGAAUUGCCAGGUGUGGAGGUCACCACGGGCCCAUUGGGGCAAGGUAUCUGUAACGCCGUUGGUUUGGCCAUUGCCCAGGCUAACUUCGCUGCUACUUACAACAAGCCAGGUUUCGAGAUCUCCGAUAACUACACUUACUCCUUCUGCGGUGACGGGUGUCUGCAAGAGGGUGUCUCCUCUGAGGCCUCUUCGCUUGCCGGUCACUUGAAAUUGGGGAACUUGAUCCUGAUCUACGACGACAACAGGAUCACCAUCGAUGGUAAGACCUCUCUGUCCUUCACUGAGGACGUCGCCAAGAGAUACGAGGCUUACGGGUGGGAAGUCAUCACCGUCGAGAACGGGAACGAGGACUUGGCUGGGAUCGCCGCUGCGAUCGCCAAGGCUAAGCAGAACAAGGAACAACCAACCAUGAUCAAGUUGCACACCACGAUCGGGUUUGGCUCCUUGAACGCAAACACCUCCGGUGUUCACGGUUCCCCCUUGAAACCAGAGGACUUGAAGCAAUUGAGACAGAAGUUUGGUUUCAACCCAGACAAGUCCUUCCAAGUGCCACAGGAAGUGUACGACUUCUACCAGAAGAAAGUGUUGCAGCCAGGUGUAGAGGCCAACAAGAAGUGGGACCAAUUGUUGAAGGCGUACGAGCAGAAGUACCCUGAAUUGGGCGCCGACUUGGCAAGAAGACUGGCGGGCCAAUUGCCACAAGAUUGGGCCGCCAAGUUGCCAACUUACACUCCAGCGGACUCCGCGUUCGCCACGAGAAAGUUGUCCGAGAUCGUCUUCCAACACAUCUACGACGAAUUACCAGAGAUGAUCGGUGGGUCCGCCGAUUUGACCCCAUCGAACUUGACCAGAUGGAAGGAGGCCGUCGACUUCCAACCACCUUCCACCGGGCUGGGUGACUUCAAGGGUAGAUACCUAAGAUACGGUAUCAGAGAACACGGUAUGGGUGCCAUCAUGAACGGUAUCGCCGCCUUCGGUGCCAACUACAAGCCAUACGGUGGUGCGUUCAUGAACUUCUUGGGUUACGCCGCCGGUGCCAUCAGAGUGUCCGCCCUUGCCGAGGAAAAUGUCAUCUGGGUCGCCACCCACGACUCCAUCGGUGUCGGUGAAGAUGGUCCAACGCAUCAACCUAUCGAGACUCUGUCCCACUUCAGAGCCAUGCCAAACCUGCACGUCUUCAGACCAGCCGAUGGUAACGAGGUCUCUGCCGCGUACAAAGUCGCCUUCGAGUCCACCGGGACCCCAUCCGUCAUCGCCUUGACAAGACAGAACUUGCCACAGUUGGAAGGUUCCUCCAUCGAGAAGGCAGUCAAGGGUGGUUAUGUUCUACAGGAGUGUGCCGACGCAGACAUCACUUUGGCCGCCACUGGGUCCGAAGUGUCCCUGUCCGUUGAGGCCGCCAAGUUGUUGGCCGCUAAGGGCAUCAAGGCUCGUAUCGUCUCUCUACCAGACUUCUUGACCUUCGACAAGCAGCCACAAGAGUACAGACUGUCCGUCCUACCAGACAGAAUCCCAGUCUUGUCCGUCGAAGUGCUGUCCACCUCCGGUUGGGGCAAGUACGCACACCAAUCCUUCGGUCUAGACAGGUUCGGUGCCUCCGGCCCAGCUCCUCUUGUGUUCAAGAAGUUCGGGUUCACCCCAGAGGGCGUCGCCACAAGAGCGGAAAAGACCGUCGAGUUCUACAAGGGCCAAGAAGUCAUCUCCCCAUUGAGAUGCGCCUUCUAA